UUUGAAUGACGCGAAACCCCGGAUGUGGAGUCUAAGGGUCGACUGUACAAGACCGGGAUAAAACCUCCGGCACCUUCCAUGAGAGGCAGAAUGACCGAACUUUGUUUUGCGACGCACAGUUACCCGGUCUCGAUAGGCGUUAAGUAUUUAUUGAAAAACGAGAGUGCAUCGACCGAUGGCGCUCCCUUUCGUUGAGGAGUUUGGGCCUCCACCUUCAUGUCUAGCCCUUUCGAGAUCACUCCUGAGUUCAUGUAUGAGGUAUGGGUGCAGAGGGCUGCCGUAGUAGCUGGAUAUACGCUGCUGGUGUAUGACUAUUUCCUUACCCUCGGUGAUGAGGUGGAAUACAUAUGGAAUACGCCGUGGACACCGGUCAAGCUUGUUCAUUUGGCGAACCGCUAUGUUGUACUUUUCGGAUACACUCUCAUUUGCAUCCAGGCAACAGGUUUCGUGGCGGCCAUCACUGGCGGCUGCGAGUUUUAUGCCAUAUUCCUCGGGGUAUAUAUUGUGAUUUCUCUCGAAACUUCACAUGUCUUAGUUGUCUUGCGUGCAUGGGCUAUCUGGGGUGGUGAUCGGCGCAUCUUACGGUCUGUGGUGGCAGCAUAUGUUGCAAGUCUCGCAUCCAUCGUCGCAGCGGUUUCAAAAGGCGAAGAUUUCUCAAACUUCGAACCUACUGUGACCUUAAUGUGUUAUAGACCCGUACCAGAUCGUGCUUGGCUUUUCUAUUUUGCCAGUUUGGUGGUGGACUCGCUGAUGUUCUGUUUGACUAUGUCGGGUCUGUGGUCGUACCGUAGAACUUUAAACAAUGGCUCCCUCAAGUUAAUCCAAGCGCUCAUGCGAGGUGCAACCGCAUUCUAUGCUGUCAACGUUUGUUUCGAUAUCCUAGGCAUAGUCAGCUGGACUAGAUACCAGAAUAGUCCCACAGCAUCUGCCAUCCCAGCAAUUAUGACUCCGGUCCUAGCCAUUUCCAGCCAAAGAGUGGUGCAUGACUUCCGUCAGUUAGCACCGAGGUCGUGGUCUCCUCAAGAGUUGAGCCAAGUGAUCAACCAGCAACUCGGGGAGUUCCAAUCCUGGCCUAAGUGUGCCGAUGAAGCGGUGCCAGGAUCCAUGGUUCUGGAGGGCAAUUCUGAGCUAGCAAGUGAAACAAGUUCAAGUAUCGACGAAUUCGACAUCGAAAUAGAUGAUAAUGGUGAGAUCCGGAUAGGUGACGAUGCUGGGCUUUUUGUGAAGAAAUUGUCCCCUCCGAUCUAGGUCAAAUUCGCUGGUCAGUGCGUUCGUCGGGACGACUGCACGACACUGCAAUCAAUCAGCUUGCAUCAAGUGAGUCCUGGCACACAAACUCGGUUCAGCUGGGUGACUGAAUCAUCUUUGUUUCUUUCCCCACGUCGCUGUGCAGCCAUCACUACUAGUGGGGUAGCUUGAUAUUCCUUAAUUUUCCACCGACUUUGCCCGGGUUCGGCUUUAAAGCCAUAUCCACGUAUCCUAGUGGACGUGGUGGCUUAUUGGAUGUC